GUACUGCUGUGACAGCAUCACGUGCCCAACAUACAUUAGGCCGAGGCGGCUCGCCCAAGUAUUACGUACAAUGCAACCCCCUGCGAGUGCGAAUUGAGGCAAUUUUGACAGAUGGACAUUGCGCGUGCAGCUGCCGUGCAUAUCGUUGAAAUUCUGUUGAGCACGAUGACAGUCCCCAGCGUCGUGGGCGAGCGAGCCCCUGGUUCGUGAGAGGGAUGCCGAGGCCCAGUAUCAAUAUGCCUCGAGGUCGACGGUAAGAUCAACAUUUCCAUGCCAGAGUUUCCACCAGUCAAACCGGUGGUAGAUCUACCACAAUCGUCUCGCCAUGGUACACAGAACAAGUUCUUUGGACAAGUUGUACGCGUCGGUACUCGCUCGUCGUGGCGAUCAGGGCCGUCUGCGUCGUCUCACCAUCACACCACCGGGCACUGUCGACUUUUCCUCCAACAACUACCUGUCCCUUUCGACAAAUGCAGACAUCAAACGUGCCUACCUUGAAAAGCUCCAAUCGACGACGACGGAGGAGGAACUCGCCUUGGGGCCUGGCGGCUCACGGCUGCUGGAUGGGAACAGCGUCGCUGCCGAGUCGUUGGAAUGCGCUAUUGCGGCCUUUCAUGGCGCGCCGGCGGGAUUGCUCUUCAACUCUGGCUACGAGGCCAACACGGGGCUCUUUGGCUGUGCAGCCCAGCCGGGCGAUGUCCUUGUCUACGACGAGCUCAUCCAUGCGAGCGUGCACGACGGGAUGAGACUGAGCAGGGGCCGAAGGAUCCCGUUUGCGCAUAACUGUGUGAGAGACAACCCACAUGCCGUCCCCGCCAAGGUGACCAAGGGCCUGGACGAUGUGCUUGCCGACCUUGUCCGCGGUGAGGAUGGCGAAGACUUCAGCAACGGACGGGCCAACGUGUUUGUGGCCGUCGAGAGCGUGUAUAGCAUGGAUGGGGAUCUUGCUCCCCUCGCAGAGAUUGUCGAGUGCGUCGAGGCGAGGCUUCCCAACGGCAAUGGGCACAUUAUCGUCGAUGAAGCCCACGCCACAGGCUGGCUAGGGGACCGCGGACGAGGACUUGUCUCUGCUCUGGGCUUGCAAGAUCGCGUGUGGGCGAGGGUGCACACAUUUGGCAAGGCUGUGGGAUGCAAUGGAGCCGUCGUUCUUUGCUCACCGACCGUCCGGGACUAUCUCAUCAAUUACGCCCGCAGCCUCAUCUACACAACGGCCAUGGCGUAUCCGCUUCUCGCCGCCAUCGGGACGGCCUAUGAGUACUUGGCAGGUGCCCAAGUAGAGUCUCGCCUCCAUCACCUCCGCUCCCUGAUGCAAUACACGCAUCGCCUCCUUGCUCGUCUUUUGUGCUCGCUUCGUCCGCCCAGAAGCCUUUUGCAUGUGAGAGAGGAGCCCCCCCAAUCCCCCAUCGUUCCCCUAUUCACAUUGCAUGCUCGGAGCCUUGCGCAGCACUGCCAGCAGAAAGGAUUCAUGGUGCGGCCCGUCGUGCCUCCGACAGUGCCUGCGGGGCAAGACAGAGUGAGGCUAUGCCUCCAUGCUGGAAACACAUUUGAACAAGUGCAAGGCCUGUGCAAGGAGAUCGAGGCGUGGGUGUGCCUGCAGCGGGCAGAGAUCAAGUCAGGGGUAGAAUUCCGGACCACACAGGGAUCAUCACAGCAGUCGAGUAAAUUAUGAUUGCAGUACAAGUUGACGGGCGCGCACAAUGAAAGGUAUGCGAGGAGGAGAUAUGCACAAUUCCUGGCCCACGACCAAAAGACAAGAGGUAUGGAGUGUAAAGGACAUAACAGCUGGUAUUCGCUGGUCGUUACCAACCUGGGGUUUCUUGUCUACUUGGCGUCGGGAAUAGACCGGCUGUAGUAAGGCUGGUUCUCCUGAAGUAAAUACGUAGUGUCUAAACAAGGACCACGCGUGAGUGAACCUCGUUCAAUACAUGUAUAUCGGAUAUUUAGACUAAUAUUGUACCUAUUAUACCUGGGCACCGGCAAAACUACCUAGUUACCCAGUCCAUAUCCACGGUCGCGCUACGACGGCAC